GGAACGGUGCCUGAAUACCAGCACGUUUGUGGAAAUUGGCUUGACCUAUCUCCCGUCCCAUCCUGACUUCGCUAAAGGAGAUCAGCGUGGGCAACUGACAAGGGGCCCGUUCGUGCGUUAAGCUUUAGCCUCAGUCGCUCUCCCGUCACUAUUUUGGGUUGUUUAUGUCCCCGGCACUCCUCCUGGACCUUUCGGUGGACGCGAUCUGUGCAGCGCUUCACCACACUUGUGGCUUGCGAUCGUAUCAUUCCUCAAUGCCAUCCCUUGCUCCAACCCAUGCCCAUCGCGAUACGAUACCUUUCGGGCACAACGAGUCUGCAAGCCACAAGCCAACGGAGUACAGCUGGAACUUGCAUCGUUGUUCCAAAGCUCCAUUCUGGUCCAUCAAGCUCGACACACUCGCCAUUUUGGGCCCGAUUUGGUCAAGUUGUGUGACUUCACGACCAACAUGGCCAGCUGGAUACGUGCCGCCAAGCGCUAUCGAGCGGCUUUAGCAACAACUGCGGCUUGCAGCUAGCAAUACAGGGCUCGGCUAAAUCAUGCCCCAUGUAUUCCAUGAUGAUGUCCUGACGAUGUAUAAGUAAGACGUCUGUUCUC